UCACGGACACAGCCGAACUGUGCCGAGACAAUCGGAGCUCUUGUGUAUUGGAGGUAAACUAUCGAAUCCGCCAGUUGUAUUGCUAAAUGUCAACAAAUCGGUUAGAGCUCAGCCUUCUGUCGUGACAAUGGUUUACAAUGAAUCAGCGGAGUGUCCCCUGUUUCCAGACAACCCGGGACACUGUGAUGCUCUUAUACACGUAAGAAGAGGAGUCUCUUCAAUAUCUUUAAUUGGAUGUUUAUUCAUGAUUGUUGUGAUAUGGCUGUUCAAAAAACAUGUUGCAUUUUCACAGAGGCUGAUAUUGUAUCUUAGCAUAGCUGCUUUCUUUGACAGCAUUGCAUAUUUAAUGGGUGACAUCCGUCCUGAUGGACCGACAUGUGACUUUCAAGCAUGGUGGCUAAGCUUCUUUGACUGGUGUGUGUUAAUGUGGGUGUGUAUUAUCACCUUCAAUUUGUUCAUGAAUGUUGUCAAGACAAAGAAUAUAGAGAGAUUUGAAAUACCUCUACAUGUGUUAGGGUGGGUGGUUCCAGCCAUCAUAUCUUUCCUGCCAUUUGCUGGGAACCACUAUGGACCAGCUGGAGCGUGGUGCUGGAUUGUAAAUGAUCUUGGGUGGAGAUUUGGAAUUUGGUAUGGCCCCUUGUUUAUUGCAAUCGCUGUGUUGGUCGUAACAUAUGUCUAUAUUAUUGUCACUUUGAACAGAAGGCUAUCAACUUGGCAUGGAACAUAUGAUCCAGACUCUGAGAGACAGGCAGCCAUGUUGAAAGAGGACAUCAAAUCUCUAAGAGCUUACCCAUUUAUUUAUUUGGCUGCCUCUAUAUUUCCUCUUAUAAAUAGAAUUCAGAAUGCGGCAGCACCGGACGACCCAGUCUUUGCUCUCGUUAUUUUGGCUGCCCUUACUGCUCCUCUGCAUGGUGCCAUGAAUGCAAUAGUGUUUGGGAUGGAUAGAGAGACCCUGAGGAAGCUGACACCUACACAGAUCAAGAUGGCGUUUUUGAGUCACAGCGUAAACCCUGGAAAAGUGCGGGAGUACCCAGUAGCCUCAUAUUUUACUUGCCCUGAGGAGUGUCCUUCCUCCCCCCUCAUGGAAGAUUCCACAUCUAGCAGGUUUCCCAGCAUGCCUCAGUCCAGGAGUCACUGAGUUACUGUAGUACAUGUAUUAACAAGGUGGCAUUUAUGGCCAGAAUGACAAAAACAGCAUCAAUUCAAGAGUUUCAUCCACAGUCACGGACAGACGAAGAGGAGAGUCAACAAGAGUAGGACUGGUCAACUGGGAAUGCUGGGAUUUGAGGUCAAAUAUAAUGAUGACAGCAUUCAAUCAUCAGGAGUUGAAUAAAUUCAUGUGUGGUGCAAGAUUCUUGAGUAGGAAAAUGUGAAUCAGAAGAUAUACAUGUAAGGCAGUUUAGUUCAUGUUCACCAAGCCAAACAGUAGUUUGGAGUUCCAACCCUCCAACAUAUCUAUGGUAUUUAAGAUAUCAUUGUUCAAAUUUUCAAAGUUCAAUUAUAGGUGGUUCAGCAUUCAUCCCUUUGAAAAUUUAUUUGAAAAUUUUCUUCCUUAUAAAGAAAUCUGAAAUUACAUAUAGUUGUACCCGGUAAUUGAAAUUCACAGUUAUAUGUAUAUGCCUUGCAAAGACAAAAUUCAAAUAACAAAAUACCCCUUUUGAAAAAGUUUUACAAUAUUUAAAAGGAAUAGUAAUUAUUUUUAGAGUGAGAGUUAUAUUUCCUUUGAAAGGAAUAAUGUACUGUAAAACAUUUUCAAAAAGAGGUGCUGUUUGCCCUCAAACUCCUACUGUGUUAAUUUUCAUAUCAAAAUCAAAUUAUUUUUUUUUUUUAUUUUAAAUUACUUUUGUCAAACAUCUCGCAUCAUGAACAAAUUAACGUUUUUGUGAUACAUUAUGAUCACGUAUAAGUUUCUACAUGUUAUUCUAUCAAGAAAAUGUACACAAAAGUACAAUGCAAUUACAUGUUCUGUGGUAAUAUGUAUCAAGGAUCCUUAUACAUAAAAAUUUGUCUAUAUAAAAUUGAAAAGAACAAAUUUGAAAGUCAAAACAAGGCUCAAAUAUAAAAUAUUUUUUCCUUCCAAAGACAAAAAUAUGAUUACUAUACAAUACAUAAUUUUUUCAUAUGUUUAAAUCAGAAUAAUGGAAAUUUUUCCUCAAGAGAUAUAAAUAAAAUUAGGAUGCGUGCAAUAGACUGUUGAUGCUGUUCUUAAUAAAAUAUUAUAUGCAUGUACAUGGUUAUAUGUGUCAAACAGUUGAAUGUUGUUAAUAUAUUUAUUUACUUUGUGUUUAACGCGAAGGAUUUGGUAGCUUUUGUGUAAAUGUGUAGAUGAUGUGUCUGCAUUUAUUGAUCAUGAUUUACUGGUAUAGAAAAGAACAAAUUCAUAUGCAUAAAAUAUACAAACAGGGAAUACUGGUUUGAGAAUUAACUCUAGAAUGUAACGUAAACAUAUUUAUAACUUCAUGUUUUAAGUAUACAAUGUAUGUGCAUUUCUAUAUUUCUACGUCAGCUGUUGUUAUAUUUAUUAAAAAAUUAAAAUUUUAUGAAAUUGU